AUGGUGUCGGUCAGGAAAAGAAAGAUGGCAAGAUCAUCUGUAGGCAAAGCCACUAGAAGGAACAAGGAUAAACAGAGAAAGAUUAACAUUACUUCGAACCCUAUCAUUGCCGCACACUGGGACUACUCACUCACUUUGUCCCAGAAUUAUAAAAGGCUUGGCUUACGGGCGAAGCUACAGACACCGGCUGGUGGCCAAGAGGUGGAUUUGUCGAAAGAGAACAGGAAGAAGCCACUGAUAAAGCUAGCUGAUGAAUACGAUAGUGAAGAAGAAAGCGGCUCCGUGGCCGAUAUCAAUUUGGAAGAAGUAAACAGCGAAGGUGAGUACUUGGAAGAUAGGAUACCUGAAGGCGAGGCCAGAAUCCAACGUGAUAAGAAUGGUGAGGUGAUAAAAGUAGUAUAUGGUAAAAAGAAGGCUGAUUCCGAGGCUUUGAGUGAUCCCAGCAGCGCCAAAUCUGAAACCACCAGUGAAGUUGUCAAAGAACUGGAAUCAUUUGCUUCCAGGCCCUUACAGAAAAAGGACAGGACACAGAGUAAAAGGGAGGAGGAGUGGUUAGAGCGGCUAUACAACAAACAUGGAAAUGAUUACAAAAAGAUGUUCUUCGACAAAAAGCUGAACAUCUAUCAACAGAGCGAAGGCGAUUUAAAAAGAAGAAUAAUCAAAUGGAAAAAAAGACAAGGAAUUGCUUAA